UUUUUAAAUUGUUAAUCUUGGUUCGAAUAGGAAGGAAAAAAAAAUUUAAUGACGAUAAGGUACAGAGAAAGGUCAACGGUCGCAUUUAGCGGUAGCAGUGACCAGUAAACACAGAGCAACAGAGUGAGAGAGAGACUGAGAGAGCGCGCGGUUGUUGAGAAAUAGAAACAAGCUCCGGCGGGACCCACCGCCAUAGCCACCUCUUCCACUCCAUAUAAAGCUCUGCCAUUCCUCCACCAAUCUUCCACCACCACCACCACCAACUCUCUCCCAACUUCCGACUACCCGAUUCCUUUAUCCUUCACCGGAACUCGAAAAGAAAAAUGGGUUCGUCGGCGGAAACCCAGAUGACACCGACCCAGGUCUCCGACGAGGAAGCCAACCUGUUCGCGAUGCAGCUCGCCAGCGCCUCCGUCCUCCCCAUGGUGCUCAAAUCGGCGCUCGAGCUCGACCUCCUCGAGAUCAUUGUCAAAUCCGGCCCCGGUGCUUCCCUUUCCCCCGCCGAAAUCGCCGCCCAGCUCCCCACCAAGAACCCAGAAGCUCCCGAUAUGCUCGACCGCAUCUGCCGACUCCUCGCCUCCUACUCCGUCCUCACUUGCUCCCUCCGCACACUCCCCGACGGCACCGUUCAGCGCCUCUACGGCGCCGCCCCAGUCUGCAAGUUCCUCACCAAGAACGAGGACGGCGUCUCCAUCGCCGCGCUCGCACUCAUGAACCAGGACAAGGUCCUCAUGGAGAGCUGGUAUCACUUGAAAGAUGCUGUAUUGGAUGGAGGGAUCCCGUUCAACAAGGCAUACGGGAUGACAGCAUUCGAGUACCACGGGACCGACCCGAGAUUCAACAAGGUGUUCAACAAGGGCAUGUCCGAUCACUCCACCAUCACCAUGAAGAAGCUCUUGGAGUCGUACACCGGUUUCGACGGCCUGAAAUCGCUGGUCGAUGUUGGUGGUGGCACCGGAGCUGUCCUCAGCAUGAUCCUCUCCAAGCACCCUUCCAUCAAGGGGAUCAACUUCGACCUCCCACACGUCAUCGAGGACGCCCCUCCGCUGCCUGGCGUCCAGCACGUUGGCGGCGACAUGUUCGCCAGCGUCCCCUCCGGUGACGCCAUUUUCAUGAAGGUAGUAACACACACUAAUGAAUUCAGUGCCUGCUGUUCUUCGAGAGAUGCGAAAACGGGUAAAAUGACACAUUAUGUAGACAACUAUAUACAUAACAAGUAGUUCGAUCUGGAUGUGUUCUUAGCGUUGAGAAUCAGUUUGUUACAGUAACUCAUUUAAUCUUUAUACCAUUAGCGGAUAGUUGGACUAAAACUGUGAUGAUUGAUGAAAACCCAACUUCUGGUUGAAGGUUUUCUUCAACCAACGCACCUUAAGUUGGUCACUUGUCAUUGUCUUACCUACCACCCAUUGUUUGUUUUCUACAUUGUGGUCCAUUAGCUUAUUAAUUAUUGAGACUUGGUGUAUAGAAGAUUGGAAGUUAACUGGUGUGGUUGGUUGCAGUGGAUAUGCCAUGAUUGGAGCGACGAGCACUGCCUGAGGUUCCUGAAGAACUGCUACGAGGCGCUGCCGGCGAACGGGAAAGUGAUCGUGUGCGAGUGCAUCCUCCCGGUGGCGCCGGACUCGAGCCUGGCGACGAAGAACGUGGUGCACAUCGACUGCAUCAUGUUGGCGCACAACCCGGGCGGGAAAGAGAGGACGCAGUCGGAGUUCGAGUCGCUGUGCAAGGGGGCCGGAUUCAAGGGCUUCAGGGUGCUCUGCUCUGCUUUCAACACCUAUGUCAUGGAGUUCCUCAAGACUGCAGCGUAGAUCGGAUCGAAUCUCCGGCCACAUUGAUAUAUUCUCAGUCGUUUCGUCUCUGUCUUGUGUCUUUGGGUGUUCUGUUAUGUGAAUUUGAUUGAUGUUGUUUCUUCUACUUUCACCUCUCCACGAUUAGGUAAAAAUGGAAGAUAGAGUGAAUUGAAGAGUAAAACGGUAUAAAAAAAGGGCAAUGCAGCAAAAAUAAUGGUAAACUUGUUUGGUGAGUGAAAUGCAGAGUUAUAUAUUUGAAUCAACUAAUUAACUCAACCGGUUUCCUUACAAGUUACAAUGAUAUUUCAACUGUCAAGAUGUGGCCACUAGCUAGUAGUUGCAAGCCUACAACGAGGAAUUGUA